CUGCAACUGCUAUUUUGAUUGUUCAUUUUCAAACCAGGUUUCUGUCAAUUAUACAGGCAAUAUUUUAGCUUCUGUUUUAAACUUUUGUUUUAUUUCUCAAUUUAUUCCCAGUCCAGGCAUGGAGAAGGGAUGUUAUUUAUUGGAGAGUCUCUCAGGGACCUUAAUAAUCCCUGGAAGGUAUAGAGCAAAUGUUAGCAAUGGGUACUCUUGGUGGUGGAAAUGCAGGUGAUAUUUGUUCCUUUUUUGUAUUGGCUCUGUUCAUUCUUUUUUUUUUUUUCCCAAGGGGUUUCAUAUUCUUAAUCAGGAAGACAAAAACAGAAAGAAUAAGGGAUAAAAUGAUGGAAAUUAGAAAGUAAAUGUAACACAUUAACUUUGGAACCCAGAUCCCCUAGGAACUCAGUGUAUAAAAUUUGGCCACUGUUUCACAUAACAAAUGAAAUAUGCUUCCUUUUCAAUUCACACAACUGAGAUUUUAAAUUCUGUCUUGGUUUUUAUUUCCUUUUUCAAAAAAUGUCAAAUACUUUAAAUGAUGAGUUUGUAGUAAAUAGAGCUAAAUAACCAGCAUGUUUUUGUGUAUUUUUGUAAUAACAAUAAAAUUGUUAUUCUCAACAUAAAUAACAGGCAGUUUUUUGUCCUAGUCAAGGUUCUGUUUUGAAGUAAGAGAAACUUCAAACUGGCUUGAGCCAGAAAACUAAUUUUAAAAAUACUGGAAAGGUGCUGAGUCUCUAUGCACAGUGAUGAAUGUGAAGAAUGUUCAAAUGGAAAUCUGAGUGUUUGCAAUGGGUAGAAUUAGGCAUAUUGUAAUGGUUGUGCCCUGCCAGGGCCUCUGCAGCCCUUACUGGCAUUGCCCUUCUUUCGUUCCUGGGGCAUGCUUUGGAUCUCAUUUAAAAUCUUGUUCUGUUUGGUUGUAGUGGUUUUGAAAACUUGGUUCUGACAGUCUUGCAAUUCUUAUACCUCUAAGCCAUUUCAAAGAACAGUUCAUAUCAAAAAUCAGGUUACAAAAAUUACAAAGCAAUAGCAAGCUUGGAGAAUUUAAACAUUGGGAGAAAAUAUAAAAAAUAAUAAAAAUGAGUAAUUUUUAGCACUGCAUGCAAUGGAAAAAGACCGUUAUGGGGAUUCAUGUAUCCUCAUUCAUCCCUCCAUGAUGAAUGCACUUUAUAAUUUUAAUUUUCUCUCUCUCUUUAUUUAUUUAUUAAUUAAUUUAUUUAUUUGGCAACUUCCAAGUCUUAUGGAAAGGGAGCACAGAGAAGGCUACAGAAUGUCUUCAAUAAAUUAUUUUAGUGGCUAAUUCAGGGAGAAGCUGGAGUAGUAGAGAACCCCUCCUUAGAAGGAGAAUGAUAGUCUUUGAGAGCCUGGGAGUUGUGUAAAACUCCACAUGAGUUUCAACAUUGAAUAAAGUGAGAAAAGGUUUGGAAGAACCUCUCUUUAAAGCCAUCAGAGGCAAAUGAUAAGUACAUAUGGGAUUUUCCAUUAAUUCAUAGGAUGGCACUUACAAUGUUUGAUUUCUGCAGCCUGAUUUGUUCUUAUGCCCUGCACUUGUUCAAGUGAAUCUCUAAUGUAUUGAAGGCUAAUCUAGUGUUUCUCAAUGUAGGGUUAGCAGGUUCGAGUGGUUUGUUGAUGUAUUCUUGGGAAUCUAGACUUUCCUAAUUGGGAGUUUUAUAAUAAUGUGUUACCAGAAAAGAUCUUAUAAUUACAUGAUAUAAGCAUGGAUUUGGGUGUAUAGUCAACCUCCUUAUUUCUAAGUAAUGGGCUAGGAUUUGAUUUAUUUUCAUAAUUAUUUUUUAUAGUGGUUGUAAAUUUAAGUGUUUACAAUGAUCUAUAAACAAUUUAAAGUCAUUGUUUAAGGUUAUUUACAGAAAAAGCAAUUAGCAUUGUCCUCAGAUUAAUGUGUUUAAUAUGCUUCUUUUACUCUGUGCUUGACUGUUGCGAUAAAAGGGAAAACAGUUCCAAGCGGACCCUGACCCUUCAAAUAUGAAGAGGCAUGAUUUCUGGUCCCAGCUUUAGCACUUCCUAACCAUGAGAUUUGGGGUAAGUCACUUAAGAUGCUUUGACUUUAGUUAUCUUGUAUUUAAAAUAAGAGCAUAUGGCAAGAGCUAGGUGAUCCCUAAAUUUAGUUUACAUUUCAAAAAUGAUGAGCUGUAUCUUUUUUAAUGGAAAAAGCAUCAGGGAGAAGAAAGUUGAUUCAGUUAACAAGGUCUUUGGGGGAAAUUUCCAGUACCAUAUUUUCCUAAUUAUAGUCAAAUAUAGUGAGUGGGAUGUAAGAACCAAAUAUUUAUUGAGUGCCUUCCCUGUGCCUGACACUAUUUUAACUCCUGUAAAUGUGACCGUGACUCUUUGAGUUUGAUUAUAUAAUUCCUUUUGGCAGUUGUAAUUGUGUUGAGUGUCCUAGGGCACAGAAUGUGUAAGUAUAGAGUCUGAAAAGGAAUCUGGUUUGUCUGAUUCUAAGCCCUGGAUUCCACUGUAACACAUUAUAUUUGCUAGCCUUACAAAACGAUUUUUCCCCCUUUAUCUAUUUUCACAUUCAAAUAAAAAUCUAGUAAACUAAAUUCUAAGCAGCGUCUCAUAAAAUGUUAAAGUCCUCACAUCCUUUAAGCAUUGCUUAUAUGAGGGUACUCCUCCUUAUAUCCUUCCUCCAGCACAGAGGUUUACCAGGGUCAGUAAGAAUGGUUUGUCGUGUUUUCCCUCAUACCCCAUAUGCUACUUCUGAAUUCUUUGUGAACAUAAGAAUGGAGCAAAUGAACAUAAUCUAGUGGGUAAUGUUUUAUAAGGCAAAAAUAAAGUGCAGAGAUUCAGUCUGAGUUAAAAAAAAAUAGGAAACAUGAAAAAUGUGCAGGCACCAUCAGGACAGCGGCAACAACUGUGUCAAUGAUUUGUUGAUUAAGUGUUGUAAAGAAAGCAUGUUCUACUCGCAUUCGUGUGUGUGUGUGUGUGUGUGUGUGUGUGUUUUGACACUUUCUGUCUUAUGAAGCCGCAGAGGUGUUUUUUAAAACACCUGGGUUAGGAAACACAGUCUCGCUCUAGUGCUUUAGGGAGGAGGUUCAAAAGGAAACUUGGGGGGGGGGGGGGGGGGGGGGGAGGGGGGCACGAGAAUGGGGGAGGGGGGAGAGACCUGUGUUUUUGCUUCUGUCCUGGCUCCGCACAGGGUAAGGUGAGGCCUCUCCUGCCACAGUGGCGUUUCCCUCACAUUUCAUUCUCUUCCUUUGGUCCCGCCUGCAAACGCCAGACAGCCCAGUGGGCCCGGGGGGAAACGACCAUCAGAGACUGAAGCAAGUCUGAGAGCUCGAACACAGGCGUCCCGUUUGGAAGUGUCCAAGGAGACCGCCAGAAGUGCGCCAGCCGGAGUCUGAGAGUUUCCUUCUGGCCGAGAGGGGGAGCCCCGCGUUCCCAGCCGGGAGCGACCCGGAGUCCCGAGCCUCGAGCCCCAGCCGCCGCCAGUUUUAGCUUCAGCGGGUUGGGAAGAGGAGGGAGGGGGGAGAGAGCGCGAAGAGGGAGGGCACCGGGGCCGGAGGGUCCCGAGUCCAGCGCUGUCUCGACGUCGAGAAACUUUCCCUCUCGGCCGCAGAAACGGCGCCCCGGCCGUGUCGGAGCGGAGAUCGCUCGGCGGCGAGGACGCGGCAGCGCUCCACGCCCCUGCCCGAAGCCUGAUCCGACCGCAUCAGUCCGUAAGUCAUAUGUGAUUCCAUCUGAUAUACAUAGGAGAGAAAGUGACUGAAGAACUCACAUGGCAACUAUAUGAUUGAAACUAUUCAAAGUCAAACAGCUGCAUAUUCUUUCAACUAUAUCCGAGCGUACUCAGGAUAUCAAGUGUGAUUGAACUCAACGUCUGUUUGGCUGAUCAUCAUGAAUCGUGCUUUUAGCAGAAAGAAAGACAAAACAUGGAUGCAUACGCCUGAAGCUUUAUCAAAACAUUACAUUCCCUAUAAUGCAAAGUUUCUUGGCAGUACAGAAGUGGAGCAGCCUAAAGGAACAGAAGUUGUAAGAGAUGCUGUGAGGAAACUAAAGUUUGCAAGACAUAUCAAGAAGUCUGAAGGCCAGAAGAUUCCUAAAGUUGAGCUGCAAAUAUCAAUAUAUGGAGUAAAAAUUCUAGAACCUAAAACAAAGGAAGUCCAACACAAUUGCCAGCUUCAUAGAAUAUCAUUUUGUGCUGAUGAUAAAACUGACAAGAGGAUAUUCACUUUCAUAUGCAAAGAUUCUGAGUCAAAUAAACAUUUGUGCUAUGUAUUUGACAGCGAAAAGUGUGCUGAAGAAAUAACUUUAACAAUUGGCCAAGCAUUUGACCUGGCAUACAGGAAAUUUCUAGAAUCUGGAGGGAAAGAUGUCGAAACAAGAAAACAGAUCGCAGGAUUACAGAAAAGAAUUCAAGACUUAGAAACUGAAAACAUGGAACUUAAAAACAGAGUGCAAGAUUUGGAAAGCCAAUUAAGAAUAACCCAAGUAUCAACAUCUCCAGCAGGCAGUGUGACACCUAAGUCACCCUCCACUGACAUCUUCGAUAUGAUACCAUUUUCUCCAAUAUCACACCCAUCUUCAACACCUACCCGCAAUGGCACACAGCCACCUCCAAUACCUAGUAGAUCUACUGAGAUUAAACGGGACCUGUUUGGAGCAGAACCUUUUGACCCAUUUAACUGUGGAGCAGGGGAUUUCCCUCCAGAUAUUCAAUCAAAAUUAGAUGAGAUGCAGGAGGGGUUCAAAAUGGGACUAACUCUUGAAGGCACAGUAUUUUGUCUCGACCCAUUAGACAGCAGGUGCUGAUGUCAAGAACAAGAGAUCCAGAUUUGUGUUUAAUUUGUUUUUCUAUACAUAUACAUCAUUCAUUAUUAUUUUAUGAAAGGUAGUAUUCAUGUGCCAAUAUAUUUUUGAAAAUCUUAACUUUUUGAAAAUUAUUUUAGUAAAAUGUUCAUUAUUGAUCUAUAACAUUUAUUUCAAAAACAACUAAUUGUAAAGUAAAUCAUACUUUUAUGUUCCUUUCUGUUUCUCUUGUAGAUGAAUUUAUAAUCAAAAAACAGAUUACCCAAAUAUCUGUCUUGUGUCUGAGUUCUAAAUAAUUAGCAUCUUGAAAUUUGUGUUCAUUCUCCAGGCUGCUAGUUUAUUAUUGAUUCCCAAAAGCCAUACUUUAAUGAUACCUUUCAAAGGCUUGACAAGAUAUACCAAUGCCAAGCUAAAUAUGUUCUAUAUUCAAACCAAUAAACAUGUUACCAUCCAUUAGACAGAUGUUAUUUUAUGGAUUAAAUGUUGUUCAUGUCAUUGCAAAAUGUAAACUUUGAAUAUAAUGCCACGAGGUCAUUUGUAGCAAGUAAAAUAGCAAAAAUAUAAUUUCCAAUAAUAAUUAAACCAAAUAGAGUAUUUGUUAGCAAAAACAAAGUAAUAGUGUUAUCUAUUAUUAUCAGUUAUACUCUAAGUCUUUUAUUUAUUUCAUAAAUAAAGAUUAUGGGAAAAAAUGAAAAUUUGCUCUUCGCAAAACACUUAAUAUUUAAUUUCUAAUGAGAUAAGAUAGGCACCUAUCUAAUGAGAUAAGGAUUUACAUUGCUAAGCAUCUCAACAUCAUCUGAGCUAAUAUUUCCUAAAAAAAUAUUUGGAAUUUAGGCUGUCUAUGGUGGCAAUGUCUAUUACCCAUGUAUACUUUACCAACUAUAUUUUUUCUCACUGAAUAAUAUUAUUCUUCUCGUAUUUUCUCCUUUUCAUAGAUAUUUUCUCACCAAAUUUUAUUUUGUGAUGACCCAUUAGUUUUGAUAUUUUGAAAUCUAUGACAACUAUUCUUUAUGAAUCAUCAAUAUUAUUUAGCAAAUUUAAUUUGUAUUUGUUUUUGUUGAAGUCAGAAUCUCAUUUUUCACAAAAACCAAGUGGCUUCUCAGUUUGGUUCAACAUAAACAAUAAAAUUUUCUUGUACUUAAUUCAUAAUGUGUUGAUGAGCUCUGACCCUUAAAAAUGUUUGUUUCCUAUGCAUUUGCCCAUUAUGUAACAACCUUUAAUUUGUACUCAGUGCAAGAAAAAUCUAUGGUCAAAUUUAAAAUUUGGUUCAUCACAUCGUAAGAAAAAUAGAUUAAAUUAAUGAAAAUAUGAGCUUAGAUUAGGGGUAGAUCUUAAAAGUAGAUUUUUAUUUUACUCAUGGGAAUUUCUGUCAAGUGCUAAAGGUACAUAUUCAGUAGGAAAAGAAAUCAAAUAUGCUUAUGCAAUAUUAUAUUUGUAUGUAUCUUCAUGAUGUUCUAUGGUAUAUAUAAGCCUUGUUUUCUGUUAUCUGCUAAGUUGUACCUUAAUUAGAGGUUAGUAUAUGUUUCAUAAAGAAGAAUCUUUAUAAUUUUGUUUGUCAUAUAGUAUUUUGGAAUUUGUAUAAUGAGGAUGUUUAGAAGCCAUUUCAAUGGCUUUUUUUUAACAGAUAGAAUUUGUAUUUUUAUUGUACUUUAAAAAGCUUUAUGUAAUAGGUAUAUAUUUAGCAGCCAUUUAUUAUCAAUGGUAACACAAUAGAGUACUAAGAUGGUAUUUGCACACUUAAGACAUGUUACUUUACCAAUUUUUAAUGGUAAUCAGUUCUGCUACUGGCAUGACUAAAUAGUACAUAAUUGGUCAUUAAUUAUGAACAUUUAUUUCACCAGUGCAUUUUUAUGAAGAUCCAGUUGAAAAUUGUAUUUCUAUGUAAACUCAAUGAUAUGUUUGAUUUUGCUGAGAAUAAAUAAUUUUAAAUAAA